AUGGACUGGUACUCCGACGACUCGGACCCGGACAUCGACGACGACCUGCGGGAGGACCUCGACGCGCUGCGCCGCUCCUGCAUCCUCUCCGGGGCCGACCCGGACGCCGCCGUCGCGCAGGUCUCCUCGGGCCUCGCGGGCCCCUCCACCCCCGCCCUCGCGGCGGCGCCGGGGACGGCGGCUAACCAUCAUCAUGCGUCGUCCUCGGACGACGACGACGACGAGGACCUCGCCCUCGUCCGCAGCAUCCGCGCCAACCUCCACCACCUCAAUAAGGCCUCGCCCGCCGCCCCCCGGGGCGACAACGACCCGUCCUCGCCGCGCCCGAUCUGCACGUGGCCGCCGUCCGACACCGACGAGGAAGAGGAUGACCACGAGACGCUCCGCGCCAUCCAGCGCCGCUUCUCGCAUUACCAGUCGAGUACCUCCACUGCGUCACCGAAGACCAUGAAACCUGAGGCAUCACAGGGAGUCCACAGUGACCUUUUCACGGACAGGUCUGGUGAUGAUUUUUCUGCGCAGAAGCAAAAUGCAAAUGCUCCUCACCGAGAUGGGUUUCCAAAGGCUGCGCUAUUGUUAGUGGAUGCUCUCAAGAAGAACAGAGCGUGUCAGAAGUUCAUUAGAAGAAAAAUGAACAAAUAUAGGAAGAUGCCUGCACUAUUUCUUGGCCCAGCUGAGAACCCACAUGUUUCAAAGUAUGAAAUGGUGCUGAAGCAAUUCCCGAUGUCAUUUAAGAAGCAACCAUGGUCAGAUGCAGAGAAAGAUAAACUUUCCAGAGGAAUAAAGCAGCAAUACCAAGAAACAUUGAUUUUGGACUCGCUGAAUAAUGGAAGUGCUGAUGGUGACUUCAGUGCGGUUGAUAUGGCAUAUGCACUGACAAAUGGUGCUGGUAAUUUUGAGGUGACUCUGGAAAAUCUUAGAUCGGUUCAACCAUUAAUAAACUGGGAUAAGAUUUCUGCUAUGUACCUGCCUGGUCGAUCUGGUGCUGAAUGUGAAUCAAGGUGGCUAAACUGUGAUGAUCCAUUGAUUAAUUGUGAAGCCUGGACUGCGGACGAGGAAACAAAACUUCUACUAAUUAUUCAAGAAAAGGGAAUGUGCAACUGGAUUAACAUUGCAGUUACACUGGGUACUCACCGGACUCCUUUCCAAUGUCUUGUUCGUUAUCAACGAAGUCUGAAUCCCCAUAUACUGAACAAGGCCUGGACAAAGGAGGAAGACCUUCAACUUCAAGCUGCUGUUGAGACCUUUGGUCAGAAAUGGCAACUUGUAUCAGCUAGUCUGGAUGGUCGCACUGGCACUCAGUGCUCUAAUAGGUGGAGGAAAACCUUGCACCCUGAAAGGACCAGUGUGGGAAGAUGGCUUCUGGAUGAGGACAAACGCCUCAUGGUCACUGUUAAGCUAAUUGGACCUGGCAGGUGGAGUUUGAUUGCUCCGUUUAUUCCUGGCCGAACACAAACGCAAAUCUUUGAGAGGUGGUGCAAUAUUCUUGAUCCAGAUCUAUAUCUUGAUGACUGGCGGCCUGAAGAAGAUUCCAUGUUAUUGGCUUCAGUAUCUGAGUUUGGGCCUUGCUGGUCCAAGAUUGCUAAGACGAUAAUUCCUGGACGUAAUGAUAGUAUGUGCUAUAGACGAUGGAGAAAACUUUGUAAACAUGAAGUCCAGAAAGUUAGAGAAGCCAGACAAUUGAAGAAAGCUAUUUUUCAAACCAAUUUUGUUGAUAGAGAAAAAGAGCGGCCUGCAAUUCGCCCUCAUGACCUAAUAUCACUUUUACCCUCCAAAGGUGACAGAUGUGAUGAGGCCAUUGUAAGGGGUAGAUCUAAAAAGCAAGGCGAAGAGAACCUAGUUGUGUCCAAUAUUGUCAACAUUUCAGCUGGUCUUGAUUGUGUUGCUGCUAAUACUGUUUUGAACACCAGCUCAAGGAGGUCGAGAGUAUCGUCAGGACACAGAUCAAAAAAGCAUACUGAAGGGAAUAGUAUUGCUGUGCCUGAUGAUCUCAAUGCUUCAUCCAGCGCCCCUAGCUGUUUCAGGAAGAGGAAAUCUACUACUGGCAACAAUGUAGCUGCAAAAAAGAGAUUGAGGGUAUCUAUCAGUGUCAGUGCUGAUAAUGAGGUAGAGACAAAUAGAAUAACGGACUCUGUGGCUGUUGGUGAAGAGGGAGUAGUCAAAAAGAGAACAAGGCGUUCGAAACCUGUUGGCCAUGAGGGGGCUGUCAGAAAGAGAAGGGGAUCUGAUAAUGAGGUAGGGACAGAUAGAAUAACGGAAUCUGUGACUGUUGGUGAAGAGGGAGUAGUCAAAAAGAGAAGAAGGCGUUCGAAACCUGUUUGCAAUGAGGGGGCUGAUAAUGAGGUAGGGGCAAAUAAAAUAACGGAUUCUGUGGCUGCUGGUGAAGAGGGAGCAGUCAAGAAGAGAACAAGGCGUUCAAAACCUGUUGGCAAUGAGGGUGCUGUCAGAAAGGCGAGGGGCUCUGUCAAUAGGGAUGAUGAGGCAGGAACAAAUAUUAUGAUGGAUCCUACCAUGGGUGAAGAGGGAGUAGUCAAAAAGAGAACAAGGCGCUCAAAACCUGUUGGCACUGAAGGGCCUGCCUCUAUUGGUGGUGAUGGUGUAGUCAGAAAGAGGACAGGUUCUGUCUCCACUGAAAAUCAUGGUGCUGUUACAAAAAGGAACAGUGCGUCAUCAAGGAGGAGGAAAUCAGCUGUAGUUAAUUUGCCAACUGAGGCUGUGCCGAAUGCUGCCACUGACUUGGACCUUCCUUGUGCAACUUCUGAAGAAAGAGUAGUUGAUGAUGGAAGUAUGGAUAAUGGGAGAAGAAAAUCAACCCCGAGACCCAAGCAGAUAAACAUGUCUGAAGGGGAUGCUGAUAAAAACUCCACAUUCACACGACUUGCCAAUUGCCUGUCAUUUGCCCGUAUGAAAGGAAUCAACAGGAACAAAAGAUAA